AUGUCGUCACGAAUCGGUUCUGAUAUUAACACGGAUGAGAUUGUAAAUUACUUAGAGAAACUAAAACAAGAAAAAAAGAUAACCGAUCAGAACUUAACUACUUUAGAAAGAGAGAAAACCAUGCUCGAAGACCAAAUUGAGGAGUUAGAGAAACGAAGGGACGAAGUAUACGCUAGAUUUAACCGUGAGAGGGAAAUAGUUACCAAGCAAGAACAAGCUAUAAAGAAGGCUGAGAGCGCAUACUUCCAAAUCGUCGAAUCUUCCAGAAGCUUGGCAGAUUAUUUGCGUCGUGAAUUUAAGGAAUCUCGGAAAGAGUAG